UCAGCACCCAGCAGCUGAAAGUCAUUGCUGUUGAUGAACAGCUGAGAGUCGUUUAUGAGGAUAAUAUUCAAUUUGACAAAGACCUUCCGGAAUUUAAGACUCAAGGUGGAGUUUAUGUUCACAGUGACAGACUAACAGUCACUUCUCCUGUGCUCAUGUGGGUCAAGGCUCUGGAUAUGAUUUUGGAAAAGAUGAAGUCUUCUGGAUUUAAUUUCUCUCAAGUGAGAGCCUUGUCUGGUGCUGGUCAGCAACAUGGGAGUGUAUAUUGGAAAAAAGGAAGUGCUGAUGUUUUAAAAAAUGCAUCAUGUGAACUACCUUUACAUCAGACCCUAAAGGAUUGUUUUUCCAUCAGUGACAGCCCCAUCUGGAUGGAUUCCAGUACAGCUUCCCAAUGCAGCUCUCUGGAGAAGGCCGUUGGAGGAGCACAACAUCUGGCUAAUAUCACAGGUUCUCGAGCCUAUGAGCGUUUUACAGGAAACCAGAUAGCAAAGAUUUACAGCCAGAAUCCUGAGGUCUACAUGCAAACAGAGAGAAUCUCUUUGGUUAGUAGUUUUGCAGCUUCCCUUUUUCUAGGAGCGUAUGCAGCCAUCGAUUACAGUGAUGGUUCUGGGAUGAAUUUGCUGAAGAUUCGUGAAAAGGAAUGGUCCAAGUCCUGCCUUGAUGCUUGUGCACCUGGAUUAGCUGAGAAACUAGGAUGCCCUGUGCCAUCCCACUCAGUCCUGGGGCCUAUUUCUCCUUAUUAUAUUAAGCGUUAUGGGUUUAGCCCAGACUGUAAAAUAGUAGCAUUUACAGGAGACAAUCCAGCAUCAUUGGCAGGGAUGAGACUUCAAGAAGGAGAUAUUACAAUUAGCCUUGGCACAAGUGACACAUUGUUUCUUUGGAUCCAAGAACCAACUCCUGCCUUAGAAGGUCAUAUCCUCUGCAACCCCGUUGAGUCACAAGCAUAUAUGGCACUUUUAUGUUUUAAGAACGGGUCUCUAAUGAGAGAGAGGAUCAGAGAUGACUGUGCUUCAGGCUCCUGGGAUGAAUUCUCCAAAGCCCUAACGUCAACUGUUGCUGGAAACAAUGGAAAUUUGGGUUUCUACUUUGAUGUGAUGGAAAUUACUCCUGAAGCUGUUGGGAUUCACAGAUUCAACCGAGACAACCAAAAGGUUUCGGACUUUCCAAAGGAGGUGGAGAUACGAGCAUUGAUCGAAGGGCAGUUCAUGGCCAAGAGGAUUCAUGCUGAAAAGCUGGGAUAUAGAGUCAUGCCACAAACGAGGAUUUUGGCUACCGGUGGAGCAUCCCACAAUAAAAAGAUCCUGCAGGUCCUGUCUGACGUGUUCAACGCACCAGUGUACACUAUGGAUACCGCCAAUUCUGCUUGUUUAGGAAGUGCUUACAGAGCAAUCCAUGGGCUUGUGGCUGAGACUGGUGUGUCCUUGGCUGAUGUUGUGAAAUUAGCACCAGAAUCUAGACUGGCUGUGACACCAACCGUGGGGGCUGAGGAGGACUGCAUCUCCCUGUCCAUCCAAUUUUGUUCUGUUGGGUUUCGAGGCUUUCACUUAAAUGACGGUUCUUUUUAUAAACUUCAAAGUCAUCCUGAGCUCUACCGUCCACUUCUAAAGAGAUAUGCAGAGCUUGAACAGAAGGUGAUCUACAACCCAACCUCUUCUUGUCUGGCAAAAUAACAAAAUUCAGAAGUUGGCCGAAGAGUGGACUACCAAGGAGGAGUUCAGAAGAGAUUUGAUCAGAAUUUACUGGAGAUUUUAAAGCAUUCUGUUUCAUUUUGUGUCUUAAAAUAGUAUUAUGAAUAUUUUUUGAAUGUAUUUUUGAGGAUGUUGGAGGAAAAGUUACGUUAAGAUUGAAAAUCUGAUUAAAUAGCAUCACAUUG